AUGGAUGAAAACCACACUACAAUUGUUGAUUGUGAAACAUCUUUAAAAAUGAAAAAACCAAAAUUUGGGUGGGAUAAUCGUAGCUUCAUGGUGUUUGUUGAUUCAUGCUUGAUUGAACAAAAAAAAGGUCAUAAACCCGGUACCUCCUUUGAUAAAUUUGGGUGGGAAAAUAUACAAAAACGCAUUAAGGAGAAAACAGGUUACAACCUUGAAAAAAAACAACUAACAAACAAAUGGGAGAACAUGAAAAAAGAAUGGAAGCUUUAUGACCGCUUAAUGAGGCUUGAAACCGGACUCGGUGGGACGAGAAGCCUACUAGAUGCGUCCCCUGAGUGGAUGGAUAGUGAUGAUUCUAAUUCAUCCAAUGAUAAUGAAGAAUGUGAAAUGGAAGAGUAUAUAGAAUUUGAAAUGUUAUGUGGAUUAGCUUUGCAAGGGAUAAUACUCGCUCGUAACUUACGGACGCCAUGUCACACUUCAGACCGCACAGGGCACAUGUUUAUUACUGAAGUACUAAAUGGCCAUCCUAGACGUUGUUAUGAGAUGUUUAGACUCAAUGUACCGGUUUUUAGACAGUUAUGCAUAGAUCUUGCUACAAAUUACGGGCUACAACAAACACGAAAAGUAUCUAUUGAGGAGUCUGUAGGAAUAUUCUUGAUGACUUUGGCUCAUGGGUGUAGCAAUAGAUUUGUGCAAGAAUUUUUUAAUCAUUCGGGGGAAACGAUUCACAUGCAUUUCCAUAUAGUUUUGAAAGCCGUGCUAAAACUGAGUGCCGACAUCAUCAAGCCAGACGCAAACUAUAAUGAUGAUGUUCUCGAAUAUAUAUUAAAUAAGCCUCGGUAUUAUCCAAUGUUCAAGGGGAAAACACGAAGGAAACACGAAAAAUGGGAGGGGUUCGAUGGUUCUGCAACAAUCGGUAGGGUGGCCGUCGUCAGAGGCCGUCGUCGGCGUCUGGCUCGACCGGGGAAGAAAGGAGAGCGAAGGCUCGCAGCGGCUAAUCCGGAAGCCCUAAACGAUCGCGAAGAGGGAGAAGAGACGAAGGCAGCGAGGCCUUCUCUUUCUCGUCUGGUGAUUUCAGACCGAUCACACUCGAGUGGCGAGCUCCGGUGGUCGACUAGACCGAAGAAGGACGUGGGCAGAAGCAAUGACGCUGCUGUGGGGUUGGCUUACGUAUUGAAUCCCAUUUUCCUAAUGCUCCAAACUAAUAACUUCUUUUUUGUAUAUUUGAAUUAG